AUGUCAUCCCGUCAACAGUCACAGUCCAAAAGUGAAAUUACAAUUCAUACUUUACCUCCUCCAGGAAGAGAUUCAACUUUGAACAUCAGUAUGAGAGAUCAAAUUGAAUCUGGUCUAAGAGGGAGUGAACACAUUCAAUAUCCAGGUGAAACGGAAGAAGAUAAAGCUUGGGGUUAUAAGAGGAGCGUACCGACUUUAGUUCUUUACGAUGAAGAGGGAUUAAGAUUAUACGACGAUAUCACUUCGUACGCUCCUGAAUAUUAUCCAUUUGAAGACGAGUUGCAUUUACUCAAAGAGCACGGUGAAGAAAUAGCUAGAUCAAUGGGUUUCCCCGGAAAAAGUAAUAAGAAAUCAUUCAAAUCUAAAUCCGAAGAAAACGAAAAUAAAGAACAAAGAGAAAAAGAACACGAAAAAGAAGAUGAUAUUGAAAUCGAAAUUGAAGAUGAGAACAUCAGAGUUCCUGAAAAACCUUGGAAGCCUGCUAGAUGGGGUGAUGCGGAUGUCGGAAAAUACAAUGGUGGUGUCAAUGGUGAAGAAGGUCUAGGUGGUGGUUGGGAAAAAGGUUGGGAUGUAGUCGAAUUAGGUGCUGGUGCUUUACGAAAAACAGCCCAUCUCCUCUUAGCACUCUCAAACUCCUUACCUUCCCCUCCAAUCAAUCCCACUUUAGACGCAGAUUCCCUCCCUGCUCCAAUCAGAUACCACCCGCUCGAUCUAUCCAAACCUGAAUUACACAGAGUAUUAGGUGAAAUGCAAGAUUCUUUCGGUGAUCAACUGAAAGGUAAAGUAUCAUGUGUAGGUCUACAUGGUGACUAUGAUGCUGGACUCGAAUUGAUCAGACAAGGUAAAUUACCUUCUCUGGCCGUACAACAACAACAACAACAACAAUCAGUCAAUGAGGUCAAGAAUCAAGUAUUGGGAUUAGAACAAGUAAUGAAUGGAAGUGAAACUUCUUCAUCUGAUGGUGAUGGUUACGUGAAAGAACAAAAUCAAAAUUCAUCUGAAAAUGUGCAAAUUCCAACAAGAAAGAACACAGUUGAAAAUGAUGGUGCUGAUUAUAGUCCAUUAAUGAGCGCCGAUUCAGUCAAUAUCGUUACUCCCAAAAGUGAAAUUUCAGCUUUACCAAGUGGUAUCACUGAUUCUGAUCAAAGUUUGAGUUGUAGUACCAAUACUACCAAUAAUUCAGGUACUUGGUCUCCUAUCUCAUCAAAUGACUCAGAGUCAAAUGAAAUUGACAGUAAUCGUCAACGAAUCAAUUCGACCACCAAUCUCAACCCAUCUCAAGCCAAGAACAACACAAUUGAAAAUGGACAUGAAUCCGAACAUGAACUUGAUGAAGCAUUCACUCAUUCAACUAAAUCAGGUAACGAAAAAUCAAAUAGACCGUUACAUAUGGUGUUUCUUGGUUCAUCAUUAGGUAAUUUCGAUAGAGAAUCAGCUAUACCAUUCCUCAAAUCAUUACCGUUAAAACACGGUGAUACGUUAUUAUUAGGAUUAGAUGGUAGACCAGAAUCUAAUCUACAAGGUAAAACAAAAGUUGAAAUCGCAUAUAACGAUCCUAAAGGUUUCACCAAAAAAUUCGAAGAACAUGGUUGGGAUGUAGUGAAAGAACAAUUAGGAUUAGAUGAACAUGACCAUAAAGUUGAAUUUGUUGGAAGAUAUAAUCAAGUUUUAGGUCGACAUGAAGCCUAUUUCCGUUCUUUGGAGAAACAAACUAUCCAUCUACCUAAUUCCAACGAAGAUAUCGUAUUGGAACAAGGAGAGUUGUUGAAUAUCGAAUGGAGUUACAAGUUCUCAGUAGCAGAAGCAUUAGAACUUUUCACCGGAUCAGAUUUAAGAGUCAUCAAUAGCUGGAAAGCGCCAAAUUCAGAAUAUAGAUUGUGGUUAUUGGAAAGACCUGAAGUGAUUUUCACUCCACCUAAAAUGGCUUUGGAGACUGUCGAAAAUGAUAGUAUAGUGGAAAGAACCAAAGGCGUUCCGAAAUGGGAUGAUUGGUUGGAACUUUGGAAAUUCUGGGAUCACAUCACACUCCAAAUGAUACCUAAAGAGAUGUUACAUAAAAAACCAAUCGAUUUAAGACAUAUCUGUUUAUUCUAUUUGGGACACAUUCCCACAUUCUUGGAUAUCCACUUGACACGAAUGAUCAAAGGAUCUCACACCGAGCCAGAGUAUUUCAAGACUAUAUUUGAACGAGGAAUUGAUCCUGAUGUUGAUGAUCCAACCAAAUGUCAUGACCACUCGGAAGUACCAAUGUCCGAAGAAGAUUGGCCAGCACUUCCUGAGAUCCUAUCAUUCCGUGAUAGAGUAAGACUUCGACUUCAAGGGAUAUACGAAUCGAUAUCAAAUGGUCAAAUGAAAUUCACGCGACAUACAGGUCGAGUACUGUUCAUGACUUACGAACACGAGGCUAUGCAUGCGGAAACAUUAUUAUACAUGCUUGCUCAGUCCGAAUUAACGAGACCACCAACGGCAGUAUCGACACCCCGAUGGGAUACUUUAUCCUCUCAAUGGAACGAGAAUCAAAAUAUCCAGAAGAACAAGGUUAUUACUCUUGAAGGAGGCGAGAUUGAAAUCGGUCACGACGACUUGGAAGAAGAAGAUGAGAGAUAUUCGGAUGAAAAAGGUUGGGAGAAUCAUGAAUUCGGUUGGGACAACGAACAUGCCAAAAAUAAAAAAUACGUUAAAUCAUUCAAGAUUGAUUCAUUACCCAUAUCAAAUUCAGAUUAUCUGACCUAUCUACAAACUUCAAACUCAGACUCGAAUAAAUUUGAGAAUUUAACGACAGAAUCAGCUCCUGCAUCUUGGAUACAGCAUGAUGGAGAUGGCGAAUGGAAAAUCAGGUCAUUAUAUGGACCAUUAGAUUUCGAGGUAGCUGGUAAAUGGCCUUUGAUGGCUAGUAAACUUGAAAUUGAAGAAUACGUCAAAUGGAAAGGAGGUAGAUUACCCACCGAAGAUGAAUUAAGAUAUCUCUAUCAAAGUCCCAAAGGACCAAAAUCAGCUGGUGAAGGUGUCAAUACAGGUGUCAAGAACUGGCAUCCUAUUCCGCCCACGAAUACCUACGAAGAUAAUGCAGGUAAAUUGAUUUACGGACACAAUGGUGGUAUUUGGGAAUGGACAAAUACCCCUUUUGAAGGUUUGAAAGGUUUCGUACCUUCAGUUUUGUAUCCUGGAUAUUCAAAAGAUUUCUUUGAUGGAAAGCAUUAUGUAGUUCUCGGAGGUUCAUUCGUUACUAUCCCAUCCAUAGCUUCGAGGAAGAGUUUCAGGAAUUGGUAUCAGGCGAACUACAGAUUCUCUUUCAUCGGCGGUAGAGUAGCUUAUGAUCUGUAA